AUGGGGUCUCUGGAAAAUGCAGCAGACAAAGCUAAGCAUGGAAAAGAACUUGCAGAAGAAGAACCCAUACUAAUGGAGCAAACCCAGAGGUUUUGUAUGUUCCCCAUCCGGUAUAAGCAACUCUGGGAAAUGUAUAAGAAGGCUGAAGCCAGUUUUUGGACGGCUGAGGAGGUUGAUCUCUCCUAUGAUGUUCAACAUUGGGAAACCUUGACUGACUCUGAGAAGCACUUCAUAACCCACGUCCUAGCCUUUUUUGCUGCAUCUGAUGGCAUAGUACUAGAAAAUUUAGCCGCAAGGUUUCUGAAGGAUGUUCAAAUCCCUGAGGCUCGGGCAUUCUAUGGCUUUCAAAUGGCAAUGGAGAAUAUUCAUUCUGAGAUGUACAGCCUGCUGCUGGAAACCUAUAUCAAGGAUUCAAGAGAGAAGCAUAGGUUAUUUAAUGCAAUUGAAAACCUGCCUUGUGUAGCAAGGAAGGCUGAGUGGGCAUUAAAUUGGAUUCAUAGCUCUACUUCAUUUGCAGAAAGACUUGUUGCUUUUGCCUGUGUUGAAGGAAUCUUUUUCUCAGGAAGUUUCUGUGCCAUAUUUUGGCUUAAAAAGAGAGGAUUGAUGCCAGGUCUGACUUUCUCAAAUGAACUAAUCUCUAGAGAUGAGGGCCUUCACUGUGAUUUUGCUUGCCUUCUUUACAGUUUGUUGCAGAGGAAACUUGAUUCUGAACGGGUUCAUAGCAUUGUGCAUGAGGCUGUUGAGAUUGAAAGUCUUUUUGUCUGUGAUGCCCUCCCUUGUGCCUUGAUUGGCAUGAACUCCACACUCAUGAGCCAGUACAUAAAAUUUGUUGCUGAUAGGCUUUUGGUUUCUUUGGGGUAUGAGAAGAAGUACAAUGUAGAAAAUCCAUUUGACUGGAUGGAGUUUAUUUCCUUGCAAGGAAAGGCUAACUUCUUUGAGAGAAGAGUGGGUGAUUAUCAGAAGGCAUCAGUAAUGUCAAGCCUCCAAGAUGCUGGGAAAAAUUUUGUCUUCAAACUUGAUGAGGAUUUUUAGUCACACCACUGUUCUGUCUCUGAAGCAUAAAGCAAAUCAUGGAGAUGCAUAAUGGCUCACCAAUUUUUUGUUUGUUAUAUUCUUUUGAGCAACCUGUGUGGCCCCCACAACAAGUGGUUUCUCUCUUCUAGCCGUAUUAGCUGAUUAUGUUGGACCUUUGAUCAUGCCACUUUGUAACUCUGCUCUGUAUAAUAUAUCAUCUCUGCUCUCUAGCUCUCUCUGCUAUGACCAAUUCACAUUGCAAGACAAUAAAUUUUUAUAUAGAUACUA